AUGCUUAACGACCUUCGAGUCUCUAUGCUCUCCCUCCUUCUCGCGGCUCUUCUGCAUCCGAUUUUUACAUUGGCUCCUCAUCCCGUCACCCCUUCCUCUGCCAUUCUCAGACGCAUUCUUCGAGCGCCCCUGUCUGGACGCCAAUCCACUCCUAGCGCCAUCACCUUCCACAAACCACGAACCAUGACCCAACAGCUUAAUCCUCUUGAACUAGCUAUUGACUCGACUUUCGGCUUCGUUGCCAGUGAGGAAGCUUCAGAGGCAGCUUGUCAACGGAUUCCAGGACUCUCCAACCACCAACGUAACCUGUGCCGAAGUAAUCCAGGUCUGAUUUGGGCUCUGGUGGAUGGGACCCAGUUGGGAUUAUACGAGUGCGUGCAUCAAUUCAAGCAUGAGAGGUGGAAUUGUUCAAUGGCGCGAGUGUUGCUUGGACGGCCACAGAGCGAAACGGUUUUACUGAGUAAAAAUCCCUCGCCAACUAUGAACCUCUUUGGCGAGCUUCAGAAGAUUCUUGAGAAAGGUAAAAAUUUUUCACCUUAUAGUGCAUCAAACAGUGAUUACUGUUGA